CUCUACAAGCUCUCGCGAGACUUGUCACGGAUUCGUGGGUUGUCAUUUGUGAUCACAAUGGCUUGAUGAUUUAGUGUUUGCCUCAAGUCUGUUGACACAAAAAAUGUAAACACACAUUUGUGUCUAGACGUCUGGAAACAGGAAAAGUCUUCAUUACGGAAGGCCUCAUCCUCCCCUCCGUGUGCGUGUGUCCCUCCCCGGCAUCCAUCGUCUGGUCUGAAGGCGGGGACGGAGCCGCAUGAAAAGGAGGCUGAUUGACGGGCUGCCGGGCCUCCAGCCGGGAGGGAUUGUGGUCUGGCUGCGGGACGAGAAACUCUGGAAUAAGGUGGGCAAGUGCUGAAGUCGCUCGACAAAGACAAGACAGGAUGACUGAGAGAGGCCCUGGCAGAGGAAGAAAAUAGAGCGAUAGAAAGGAGGGGGAAGAAGAAAAACAAGCCAGAGAAAGAGAGGGAACGCCAAAGAAAAUCUUUGGGAUAAAUAAAUAAAAAGAUUUGUUUAGAAGAAAGCUAGAUGAAACGAUGAAGCCGAUAAAAAAGCAGGGCCGGCGCUCUCCUCCUUCCACUCGGGCCAAAGGGGGGAAGCGCCGUGGAGCGGGGGAUGCCCCAGAAGGAGGGGAGAAGAGAGACUCAGACGAGAACAGAGACCGAAGCAGAUCGCCGCAGAACCGAACACCCUCCUCUUCGUUUUCUACUAAUUCACACUUAGAGUCCUCUCAGGCGGACCCAAUCAGAGCGCGGGACCCUUCAGAGGGGGAGGGCCUUCACAGGGAAGGGCUGUCAGAGACGACAGCAUCGCUUGUGAUGGAUUCUGGGAAACUGUUGACAUCCUCCGAUGAUAGAUCAGGGAGGUCGGCUGUGAGUGGCAGCAGCAACAGUGACAGUGGUGGUAGCAGUUGUAGUAACAGUAGUACGCCAAGCGCCAACAACAGCCCAAACCCCGCUUCCAGCCGAAAAACGGCCACCUUCAAGGCCCGCGUUCCCAAGAAGAAGUACACCUCUGAACACUGCUCGUCCACUACUGGUAACCAUAGCAACCCUUCCUCCAGCACGCCCCCACCUCUUCCUCUUAGUGGUGGGGUCAUCAACCACGGGACAACAAGCUCAGGAAGUGACAUCUGUGUCUCGCACCCUGAUGGCAGUCAGAGUAGGCGGCUGAUGGACGACUUCCACAGCAGGACCACUGGCAGGGAGGGACCUCAGGAUGACUCCCCAGGACCCCCUACCCUGUCACUGGGAGGGGAUAGGGAAAGGCCCGGAAGAGUUGAAGGGGCGAGAGAUGCAGAGCGAGUGUCGCCUAGCCCCCUGCCCCGCUGCUCCUCGACAGACACCGCCAGCGAGCAUUCGGCUGACCUGGAGGUAGUCAGCGACACGCACACCCUCACACGGAUGUCUACACAUGCACCACCCAGUCUCCCUGAUGCACUGUCUGAUGCCUUGGCUAAAGGGCUGAAGAAUCAGCGUGUUCUUGCCCGACAGCUCCGGAGACGAAGUGAUGAGGAUGGAGGAGGCGAACGGAGGGAUGAAGGAGAGAGUUCGGACUUGGUGUUCCGGGCUGGGGUGGUACGUAAGGUCAGUGGGGAAUUUGGAAGCCUGGAGGUGCAACUGAAUGGGGAGAAGACGUUGUGGCGUUAUCCGUAUCGACAUGACAGCCCCCCAGGGGUGGUGGACAUUAUCUUAGAUGCCCCGCCACCUGGUGUCCAUCCAAUACCUAUUGGCACCCGUGUAUGUGUACCAUUUGGCAAUGAGGAGGGCAGCGAGGGCCAGUGGCAGUGGUACAGAGAAGGUGUCGUGACCCAGGUGGACACACACCCUGCAGUGGCCAAUCGCUACCGUGUCCUGCUGUCUGAUGAAAAAUCUCACUCUGUGGAUGAGGAAGAGGAUGGCAGAGGGGCAACUGGUGCUACCCAGGCAGUGUGGGUCUCCCGACAAACACUCCGGCUUCUGGUGCCACCCUGGGACCUGGACCUGCCAUCUGGAGGAGGUCGAGAUGGAGAAGAAGGGCUCAGAGACAAGGAAAGGGAGCGGGAGGACAGGGAGGAGAUGGAUGUGGAGCAGGAGGUUUGUCGUUUGAGCCGAGGGAUGGCACCUGGUAUGGGGUCAGUGCUGGGGAGAGGCAUGCCCUACCCAGGUAUAGUUCCUGUUUCCUCCACAUCAGGCCACAACAUGUCCUCACCAGUAACUCCUGCGUCAGUCCUCAGCCUUGCUCCUGGCAGAGAGUGGGAAAUUGAGAAGGACUUAGAGAGGGAGAGGGACCUCCAGAGAAAACAGGAUAGAGAGAGGGAAAGAGAGCGAGAAAGGGAGAACAGUGCAAAGCAGCAGCAGCAUCAGCAGCAGCAACACCACCCAUACAUGCCACUCACCCCCGAAGAAGACAUGGAGGUGUCCCACUUCAACAUGGUCCCAAUGGGGGCAAUCAUACCUGGGGCCAAACCAAUGGCAGUUCCCCAACACCGCCACAUUGUCUCUAAGCCCCCACCUGGCUACCUCAAUCCCCACCUGUCUGUGGUGCGGGGCAUCGGGAUCCCCCCCGCACACCUGGCCUUGAACCCUCACCCCCCUCCUUCACCUGUCCUGUUAGGCCUUGACCCAGCAACCGCAGCGGCCGCAGCAGCUGGUGCUGUCAUUACUGCCCCGCAGCUCCCUCCACUCCCUCCCAUCUCCUCUUCCACUGCCUCCUCCUCCAGAGUAGAAAAGGUCUCAGGAGGAGGUUCUUCCAGUGGAGGAGCAGGUGGCGGUGGUGGAUCCGGAUCAGGUUCGACAUCCUCCUCAUCUUCACGUUCCCGCACCCCACUGACAGCUGCCCAGCAAAAGUACAAAAAGGGAGAUGUGGUGUGCACGCCAACAGGCAUCCGUAAGAAGUUUAAUGGGAAGCAGUGGAGGAGGCUGUGCUCCCGAGAGGGCUGCUCUAAGGAAUCCCAGCGCCGAGGAUACUGCUCCAGACACCUCUCAAUGAGGACCAAGGAGAUGGAGGCCAGCGGAGGAAGUCGGGAACGGGGUGGAGCUAGCAGCACAGGGACCCUGACGCCGUCUGACCUCCGACUGAGUGGUGGGAGAGCCAGCUCAGACUUUGACUGGGAUGAGACAUCACGGGAAAGCAGCGAGGCUAGCAGCCGUGGAGGAGACUCCCGCCCCCGCUUGGUCCUUCCCUCUCUGCUGCCCCAGGACCUCUCUCGUUUUGACUUUGAUGAGUGUGAGGCAGCGACCAUGCUGGUCUCCCUGGGCGGCUCCCGUUCAGGCACACCCUCAUUCUCCCCUAUCUCCAACCAGUCGCCCUUCUCCCCCACUCCGUCUCCUUCACCCUCUCCCCUCUUUGGCUUUCGUCCUGCCAAUUUUAGCCCUAUUACCGCUCCUGCCUCACUUACUCCACGCCGCCAUCGGCAACUUAGUGGCACUAAGAUGAGUACGCCAGGAGCUGAGCGAGAGCGUCACCUGUCUGGGAUUGUGCCCACCUUUCAGACCAACCUCACUUUUACAGUACCCAUGAGCCCCAGCAAGAGGAAGCUUGACACCCACCCACCUCCUCCACUGCCUUCAGUCCAGGAUGGCCAGACCAAACCUGAGCAACAUCAGCUGGUGGGCAUGGGGGGAGUGGUGGGAGACCCAAUCCUGGCUCACAGUCCAGCUGCCUUUAGAGUCCUCUCCCCUCAGAGUCAGCCUACAACCCCCUCUUCACUUUCUUUCCCCCGUCCCCGUAGCGCCACCAGCAGGCCACCAUCCUCUGCAGCCUCCACCCCUCCACCCAUGCUGGUCUCUCCUACUCCUCCCUCCCCGCUGCCCCAGGAACCCUCUCCACGUCGCAUUGUGCCCCUCCGCGAUUCCCCAGUCAUUGUCCGUAACCCAGAUGUCCCUCUGGCAAAGUUCUCUGAUGGCCCAUUAGGAAGGAGAGAAAGAAACAGAUCCAGAGAGCACAGCCAGCCCCAGCACUCAGCUCCCCCAGGUCUGCAGGCACCUGUCCCCAUCAAUGGGGCCACCACCAACGGUGCUGUUCUCCUGCGCAACCCCACAUCCACACUUGUCCUGGUCACUUCCAGCUCGUCCCUAACUCCAGCCACAGUGGGCCACACUGCCCUUUCCAGUUCCUCAACCCCCGGGUCGAUGUCCACUUCAUCGGGCUCGGUCCUGUCGUCUUCUGGUUCUGGAGGCAGGGAGAGGGAGAGGAAACCGGAGGGACACCAGGAUGCUUCUAUAGGGGCGCUACCACAGCCGGUAGCCUGUCACCCAACGCCAACUGCCCUGCUGCCGCUUAUACUGCCAGCCGAGUCGCCUCACCCGGCUCCACGCAAGCAAAUCAUCAUGGGACGUCCCGGGACUGUUUGGACCAAUGUGGAGCCUCGGUCGGUGCCAGUGUUCCCUUGGCAUUCACUCGUCCCUUUCCUGGAGCCCAGCCAAUCAGGAGCGGCUGCCCAGCCUGCUGAUGGCCAACAGCUUGUCAAUCAAAGCAAAGAGCCUCGUUGCGCUGUGGCCCUGGUGAGCGACGGGCGAGCUGGCCCUCCAGACCUGGAACGGGGCUCGCCGUCAUGCCCUCCCCCGACCAAUGACAAUCCUCCUACAGACAGGGGCGGGGCUGACAGCGAAACAGAGAGCGAUACAGAUGACCCGUUCUCCCCAGGUAUGGCCAACGAUCCAGCACCCUCCAGUGGUCCCCUGAAGAGGCGCACACAGUCCCUCAGCGCCCUGCCCAAGGACGGAGACAGGAAGAGGGAGAAGGACCACAUCCGCCGUCCCAUGAAUGCAUUCAUGAUCUUCAGUAAACGCCACCGUGCCCUGGUGCACCAGCGACACCCGAACCAGGACAACCGGACAGUCAGCAAGAUCCUGGGGGAGUGGUGGUACGCUCUGGGGCCCAAUGAGAAGCAGCAGUACCACGAUCUGGCCUUCCAGGUGAAAGAGGCCCACUUCAGAGCACAUCCAGACUGGAAGUGGUGCAACAAGGACCGCAGGAAGUCGCUGUCGGAGGGCCGUGGGAUGCCAAAAGAGCAGCGGGAGAGGAGCAUGUCAGAGAGCACAGAUCCCCAUCCGGAGUCCCAGGUGCUCGAGGUGAAGGGAGGAGGCCCAGGCUGGCCAGGGGGAUCGGAGCGUAGAGGGGGGUUGUUUGUGGGGCAGCUCCCCCGUCCCAGAGCCUUUUCCCAGAGUGCCGUGCACACCCUGGAGCAGAGGGAAAGAGAGAGAGACCUGGAGAAGGAUGGGGCGAACGUGUUUCACCAGCGGCCCCUGCCUGCCAGCGAGGACGUGACCAGUGACGAAGAGCGCAUGGUCAUCUGCGAGGAAGAGGGGGACGAUGAUGUCAUGGAGGAUUCCUGUCCUGAAGGCUCCAUCGACCUCAAGUGCAAAGAGAGAGUGACGGACAGCGAUGAGGACGAACCAGACGGACAGCAUGGCUUCCAGCCAGUGACUCGCUCCUCUCUCCCCUCUUCCUCUCCCUCCAUCCCUCAGUCUGACGCCACCUCAGCUAAAGGAAAUGGAGGAGGGGGAGGGGGAGGUGGUGGUGGUGGUGUUGAAGAGGGCUCUGAGAGGAAGAGAAAGAGAGUUACAGAUGGAGGAGAGGACGGUAGCGAGGGUGGAUCCAAUGGAGAAGAAACAACAGCAGGUGGAGGAGAAGGAGGUGGAGGAGUUGGACAGGAUGUCUCCUCUCUAUCCAUCACAGGCUCGACAUGCAGCACCCGGGCUCCCCUCGCUUCAGCCCAGCAGGGUUUGACCCAGGUCCUCGACGCGGUCCGCGUUGCUCCCACUGUGGUCACCAGUGUGGUACAACCCAUUACAAGCACGCCCAUCCCCAUCGCCAGCAAGCCCAUGGAGGGAGCUGUCACCCUUAGUUCCCUGCCCCAGGACAAGAAAGCCACUCUCCUGAUUGGAGGAGGCGGACCUCAGCAGCUGCCAAUCACUGCAGGGGGUGGGUACCUGUUCUCAUCCUCCUCUCCUGGUCCAGUCAGUGUAACUCCUCUGGGGGGCAGCAGCCUGGUCACUAACCUGGUUCUGGGAGGGUCCUUCACUGCUGCCCAACCCGUGCAGCUCCUCACCCCGCAGCCCCCACAGCCCCCGCAGUCACACUCACAAACCCCCCUACCUGUCCUCCAGCCCCAGCUCCACCCCACUGCCGCCACCUCCUCUCUCACACCACCCGCCGGCCCCAAGCCGCUAGCUCAGGUCCAGUACAUCCUGCCUACCGACAACCCCUCCUCCCCUCAACUCACCCACCAGCAAACUCUCUCCCUGCCCACCAAUGCCGCCCUGGCCAAUGGCGUGCACUCGGGGGCGGCGGUCAGAGUCAGCCCCGGGACCAGAGUUCAAACCCAGUCGCCUGUGUUGCAGAGCAAGAUGUUGGUUCCCAUGGCAACAGUGAGAACAGGGUCUACUCCUCCUCAUCCUUCCAUUUCCCUGGUCGCUCCGCCUCUUCCUGUGCAGAACGGCCCCGCGACUGCAAACAAGAUCAUCCAGCUCGCUCCGAUGCCUGUGGUCCAGACCACCAUUCACCCUGGCGGCACAGCAGCAGUGCAUCCUGGGAGCCCCUUUCCUGUUUCCAUGGCAACAGUGAUGGCUCCCGGCGCCGCGCCCCCACAGACCGUUCUUCUGACCUCGCCACCCACCAGGAUCACAUAUGUCCAGUCUGGCCCGGGAGUCGCCACAGCAACACCCCAACAAGCCACACCCGCUCCAGGCCCGGCCUAUCUCCCAUCGUCGCUGGCCACCCUGGGCUUCACUGCCAUCGCCCCAGCCGGGCAAACCUUGGUUCAGCCGAUUGUUGGUCAGCCGCCACUGCUGGCUCCAGCUCCGCCACUGAGCUGUCAGUCACAGACCCCCCCGGGUCAGGCCUCAGCAACCGCUGGCCGCCAGGUACUAACUGCCAUCUAUCCUGCACCGACUGUUGCACUUUCUACCGGCGUGGUCCCUGUCACGACUGUGCCGCCUGCAGUGGCUACACCAGCCCAGGAUGUAAUAAACCCUUCCUCUCCAUUGGCAACGGGGGUCCCAGGUUCAGUGGUGACAACCCCUCAGCCUAAUGUGGUAGCGGAGGUGGAGCCAAAGGUGGAGGUGAAGAUGGAGGGCCAGCUGGACGGUCAGGCUGAGGAUGGAGGAUACGGGUUGUCGAGCAGUGCCAGCUCCUCAUUGGCCACCUGUACGGUUAAUGCCACAGCAGUAAAAAAAGAGGAGGAUGUCGGUCUGCACGUCAAAGAAGAAAAUCUGAGAGAUGGACACAGCAGGGAGACACGAGGCGAGAUGGACAGAGAGCGAGAGACAGACAGAGAGGACCACGGCAUGGGCAACAGCAGCAAAGAGGCUGGACCUCGUUCCUCUCCUCCACCGCCCUCAAGUUUGGACCCCCCUCCCCCUCCCCCUGCAGAAAGAGACCCACCCACUUCCUCAAAGAAGACCAAGUUUCGGCCACCACCGCUCAAAAAGACACCUGACUCUCUUGACAAGAAACACGGUGGCGUCAGUACGGAGAUGUACUUUGAGGAGCGUUUUGCUGAGCUUCCAGAGUUUAACCCUGAGGAGGUCCUGCCUUCGCCCACUCUGCAGAGUCUGGCCACCUCACCAAGAGCCAUCCUGGGAAGCUACCGCAGGAAGAGACGCAACUCCACCGAGCUGGAGCUGACAGCAGAAGACCCCAGCUCUCCGAGGAGGAAGACUCGUCGUCUCUCCAGCUGCAGCUCGGAGCCCAACACACCCAAGAGCGCCGCCAAGUGUGAUGGAGACAUCUUCACCUUCGACAGAACAGGUGCAGAAGGAGAGGAUCUUCUAGGAGAUUUAGACCGAGUCCCCUGCUCGUCGCUGCGUAGAACUCUGGAUCAGCGCCGGGCCCUGGUCAUGCAGCUGUUUCAGGAACAUGGCUUUUUUCCCUCAGCUCAGGCCACUGCUGCCUUCCAGGCACGCUACUCGGAUACUUUCCCCACCAAGGUGUGUCUUCAGCUUAAGAUCCGCGAAGUCCGUCAGAAGAUCAUGCAGACGGCCACGCCCGGAGCCCUCGAGCUUGGAGGGUCAGUUGAAACCAACCCUGCCCAGUCCCAAAGCGCCUCCUUCAAUCAAUCAGCUCGGGAGGAUGCAGGGGCAGAGCAGCAAGGAGACAAAGGCCGGAGCCCAGAGGAGCCAAAAAGUGAAGGAUCCUAAGCUGGAGAGGAUGACAAAGUGGGAAAAUCAAGGAAAAGAUGAAGAGAGAGAGGGGAGUGUGUAAUCCCCGCAGAAUGUUCUUAUAUGCGUUGAACCAGUACUAUGAGUGGCUCCGACGGGAUCUGUUCUGGCGCUAAUCUCCACCAGACCUGGGCAGGAAUACAUUUGAGUCUGGUCACAAAUAUUCAAACUACUUAAGGUGCGCUUGACUCGUCUAAACAGCCUCAAAAGUGGACAAAUCACAUGCAAGUCUUGAUGAGUCAAGUGCUUCUUGUAGUUUUGUUUUCCUUUUUUUCCCACAAGUAUCCAGAACAUUUUCAGUUCACACUUUGCCCAGGUCUGCUCUCAGCACAUUUGAACAGUAGUUUGUAGUUUCACACACAAACUCUGUGGUACACACUCUCUAUCUCUCUGGCACACACAUGCAAAACAUGGUGCAUACGUAAUCUCCAGCAUGCACAUGAUCCCACAAAAAACACACACGCACACACACUCUCACCAAAUCAGACUGUUACUCUUGGUUGGCAGUCCCCAGGAGCCGCCACCAAGGACCAUGACACACAAAGGCACUUUGUCACUUAUUGUGCAGAUGCAGUUUGCUGUUGCCAGCCAGCCAGCCAGCCAGCCAGCCCUCAGAUGCCAUUGACUUGACCUCCUUCUCGCCCUUCCACUCCUCAGCACAGUGGUCGGGACACAAACACAACCCCAACGACCUCCACUAAUAUUCCACAGCCCCUCGAUGCUGCAAGACAGACAGCACACACACACACAUAUACAGUACACACACACACACGCAGUGUAUGGACACAUCUGUGCAGUGUGAGCACUCGUACACGAACAUAGUCAACCCUGGUCUGACCAAGCCAUUGGCCUGCACAGUUCUUAGUGAUUGUAGUGAGAAGAGAAACUGAAAGCAUGAAAUUUAUUCGCUCCUGAAAAACACAAAGAAGGAGUUGGGAUGUAGUGUGACCAAUCUUUGCACCUUUAGUUAUUGCCAUUAUGAAAGGCUUGAGUCCUCAUUGGCGGGAGCUGAUUAUAUAUGUCUGUAUGUCUGUUGGGGCGCCCUCCCCAAAACCUGUGUGAACAGGCACCAUAAAGAGAUUAUGUAAAGAGACUACUGGUUGCGAGGCUUUGAAGAUUCAACGUUAAGUUCGACACUGACUGGCUCCCAACAGAGCACAGAGAAAAGGCAGAAGAAGAAACCGGAUGAUGUUCAUCGGACGGAACAUUCAUAUUUCAGCUAUAGGAAGACAGAUAAUAACAGCGAAUAAGGACAUCAACAAUGUGACAAGCCUACCAACAGAGAGAAAAGGUAGAAUUUUAACCAAACUUCUCUGAAUCUCCCAGUGGAUAUAAUGUUGCUUUCUCUCGUUAUCGUUGCAGUGGAAAUAACCAGUUUUACCGUGGCCUGUUUUUCUCUCGUGGCUCUAUUGUGUUUCUUCUCCAGCAUAAAAAAAAUCACAAAAAAAACAAAAACUUUGGACAAAGAAGGGGACAAAAUCAGUCUGUGCCCCCCACCCCCUACUUUUAAUUGUACCUGGGGCGGUUCUCUCCCCGCCUUCCCUACUCUACGAUUUUUCACCAGACACAGAAGUGGGGGAGCAGGGGUGUUUGUCGUUUUGUAAAACGCAGAAAUCAGGUGUUUGCACAAUUUGUGCGGCCCCUCUCGUCUGGGACCGCCGCAAGUAAAAUCAGGAAAGUAUUGUUUUUAGAGAUUGUUUUAGUAGAAAAAAAAAUAAUAACCUUGUUCCGUAUGUUAUCAACCACAUUUUCCUCCCUUUGUCCUCCCUGCUUUCUCCCACCUUUCAGUCCUCUGCCCCCGUCUCCCUCGACCCCUCAAGCGUUGUUAGAAAGUGCCCUUAAGCACUGGUCCCGGGUCAAGCGCUAUGUAGCUCAGGAUGGCUCUGGUUAGGGUUAGUUCAGGGAAAGCAGAUCCUAGACCAGCCCUGGAGGGCAGUCUCUGGAGCCCUCCCCUCUUCCCUCUCUUCUCGACACUUUAUCCUUUCUCGUCAAAUGGUGCAAUAGGACAUUUAUUUUUUUGGAAGUGGGUGGGUUAUUUUGUUUCCUUGGGGAAGGCUCUGUGCCAUAGAUAUUAAAUCAGUGCAGUCAGUCAGUGAGAGGAAUGAGCUGUUGUGAUACUAUCUUUAACUAUGGUAUAAACAAAACAAAAAAGAAUCACACAAUUAUUGUUAUUCUUGAAAAGAUAGAGGGUAUAACUUACUAAAAGUCAAAGACAAUUUUUGAAUAGCACUUUUUGGCUCUUUGCUUCCGUGGUGAAGAGUGGGGGUAGUUAUUAUUAUGGGUAUCUCUUUUGUUUCUCUGUAUACAGUUGGAUGUCUGAAAAAAUAUAUAUACCGGUAUUUCCAUAUAUGUGCAUUUAGGUCUGUGUCUGGGUGUGCGUGUAUGUUUUGGCACAUGCAGGUAGUGUCUUAACACGACCAACCUCUUGUUCUUUCUCCACACAGCAACAUUAUCAAUAGUAUAUUUUUCAUUGUAUCCUACAUUCUGCUCUAGAGACAGUAUUUUUAUAGUCAUCAUGACUAUUUUGUCCGCCAUCUUGACUGUUAUCAAACCCAGUUGAUUCAGGAUAUAUAUGAAAUAUAUAUUCAGGAUAUAUCAUAUAUAAAUAUAUAUAUAAAUACACAGGUGAUAAAAGACUAUCAAUUCACAUCUCUUUGGGGUUAGGGCUGUAAAGUGUCCAUCUGCAUGCAUGUGCAAUCACAUGGACGCGUGCACACACCCACACAGACAUAUGUGCAUACACACAUGUAUGCGUGUACACUGUAUGAUUGUGCUUAAAAAUAAACUGUCCUUACUUUGGAGAAGGAAUUUUAGGAUGAGCGAAGUGAGUGUUAUCUCAUAAGCAGGCAUGUUGACCAUGUGCAAUAUUUCUAAACAACAACAAAAAAACUAAAUAUUGAAAAUAUUAAAGAUCUAACACAA